GCCCGCUACUGAUACAUUUAGUAACUUUAUAAGAUCUCUGUAAUAAGGGCUGUUUUUUUAAAUAAUAAAUAGAGUUUAAUUCGGGUGAACCAGCGUCUCCUAUUGAGCUAAAAAUACACCUGGCAGCCGACUUGAGCUAAUGUUAGCCACCAGUGACAGCUGCCAGUUUCUGCUACACAUGUUGUUUAGGAGAAGCUACAGCAGAAAAAUGGCAGAGGCAGUCGCAAAUGUGGCCCGUAGGAUUAAUGCAACAGUGGAGGAAGGCAAAGAUAGUCUGGACCUGUCGAGCUGCCAGCUCAUUUCCUUCCCAGAAGGUGUGUUCAAGGUCCUGAGAACCGUCUCAGAAAACAUCCGCAUUAUCACGUUGGCUGGCAAUCAGAUGAAGGCCAUUUCGAGCAAAUUCUUUUCGACCUUUACCCAGCUCAGAGAGCUUGACCUGCAGGGCAACAUUCUCACCAAAUUGCCAGACCAGGUGGGGGAAAUGGAGCAUAUGACCAGCAUCAAUCUGGCUAAUAAUAGCUUCUCCAUCUUCCCUGAGAAGCUCACUGAAAUAGCCACACUGGAGAGAAUUGACCUUGAGGGAAACAACAUCACUGAAUUACCUUUGGAGAGGUUGUCCACCAUGCCAGCUCUUAAAUGGCUCAAUGUGAAGUCAAAUCCUUUGAACUCCAGCAACCAUUCUGUUCUCCAUUCUCCAUACAAGUUUGAUAUUUUAUUAACUACAGACUGAAGAAAUACCUCACAUACGUUCUUACAGACUGUAUACCGUGUGCCUUUAACUACUUAAGUUGAAUGCAUUUGUGGACUUUAAAAUGAUUGAAGAUAGUGGUAUGUUUCAAAAGAAACAGAGAAACAUGUAUUAAGAUGAGUUUUCAGGCCAGCAGCCUCUAUUUUGGAGAGGUAUCUGUCAUUCUUGAUAUGCAGGUGGACUCUUAAAUGUGUAAAAACAUGGUUUCUUGCUUAUUUAUGACUUUUAUAGUAUAAAAAUAAACCAAACUUUGUAAAAAUGA